CGGGAUUAUAAUUUUAAUCGAUCAAACAAACACACCCCUAGUUAUUUUUAGGCGAGUCCCUGUUCUCGACACCUACCACAAAAAGGGGUAAACCGAGAGGGGAUAUAGUUGUAAUUUAACUCCAUGAGAGCUUAAAACCCUAGCAAGUGGUUACCACCCCACUUCAAUCCAUCGUGAUUGUCACCGCCUCUCUCUUCCACCAGCGCCGCCGUUCUCUUCCGUGUCUUCCCGCAGAUUUCCAUACCUAUUUCCAAAUGGCUUCGGAGAAGAAGCUAUCGAAUCCAAUGAGAGAAAUCAAAGUACAGAAACUCGUUCUCAAUAUCUCCGUCGGUGAAAGUGGAGAUCGUUUAACCAGAGCCGCCAAGGUUCUUGAACAACUUAGUGGCCAAACCCCUGUUUUCUCCAAAGCUAGGUACACCGUACGAUCCUUCGGUAUUAGAAGGAAUGAAAAAAUUGCAUGCUAUGUCACUGUUAGAGGCGACAAGGCAAUGCAACUUCUAGAAAGCGGGUUGAAAGUCAAGGAAUAUGAGUUGUUGAGGAGAAACUUCAGUGAUACUGGAUGUUUUGGCUUUGGUAUUCAAGAACAUAUUGAUUUGGGAAUCAAGUAUGAUCCAUCCACUGGCAUUUAUGGAAUGGAUUUCUUUGUGGUGUUGGAGCGCCCUGGUUACCGUGUGGGACGUCGUCGCCGGUGCAAGGCACGCGUUGGAAUCCAGCACCGAGUUACGAAGGAUGAUGCCAUGAAAUGGUUCCAAGUUAAAUAUGAAGGUGUUAUCCUAAACAAAUCCCAGGCAAUUUAGUCAGAUCAGGCCAUUCUUGAGUAUGAGUUCUAGAUUUUGUUGUGUGAAGUUUGAUGUUUCUUUAACCGGUAGCUUAUAUUUCGGUAUUGGUAUGCAUAUUACUUUUUUGACCAGAUAUGUAAGGUGUUUUCUUACUCUAAAUAUAAUCAAAUUUUGACACCAA